AGUCUGACAUGAGCUUUUAGUCAUGCAAUUUGAAUAUCAUAGUUAAAAAUUAAAUUUGACAUUGAAUAAAAUUUGACGUGAGAAUGAUGGGGUGAAACGAGCACGGAGCAGUGUAUUUUACAGUGGAUCUAGUUGGCUAUGGAGGACAGAGUCGUUGUUAAAAAGAGAGGGCGACCAAACAGAGGGGGAGGACGUUUGAAUCGCGGUUCAUCAAAGAAUUCCCGAGGAAGAGGCAGUCGUCAAGGAAGAAAUGAUGAGCGACAACAACCAGAGAGGGGAAGAGUAGAUCGACAACAGCCAGAGAUGGGGAGAGUAGAGCGACAACAGCCAGAGAGGGGGAGAAUAGAGAGUGAUGACAGAUAUCGGAGGAGUUCUGUACAAGUUGUUCCUAGUUUUGAGAAGGAAGUCCGUGUCCCCAUGCAGAAACUUCAAAUGACGUCAGAGAACCAAGACAUGGUUGAGGACAUGCUGAAAGAUUUACGUGGAGAAGAAUUUGAUAUCUACAGUGAUGAGGAGUACGAUGAAAUGGACGACCGGUAUGAGGACCAGUACUGGAUGACUGACAAUAACCUGUAUGUAGAGGAUGCCAUCAACUACGCAGUUCCUAAACAAAAAGUCCAAGAAGAGAAAGUUAAUAGAUUUGCCGUGAACAAGCUUGUCAGGUAUGGAUUUGACAAGCAGAGAUGUGUUGAAGCAUUGCAUCUUCUUGAUGGAGAUAUUGGAUCAUCAUUUGAAUAUCUGUACAGUAAAUGUUUUGAUUUGCCAGUCCCAAUGGAUAUAGGUACUGAUGAAGAAGAGGAUAAUGAUGAGAAUGGAAGUUUUUCAAAUGAACUCAUUCAGAGCAAGGAGGAAAAGCUGCAGGAAAGAGGGGUAACAUGGGAGGAAGUGGAGGAACAGAGAGAGGAGGAAAUUUUAGCUUUGGAGUCCAUUUACAUUGAUGAGUUUGAAGUUAGAAUCCCAAACAGAAUAUGGAUGUUUCGAUUGGAAUUAAAAAAUUUGGUAGAUUUAGUAAUGGAUUCUACCAAAGGAUUGAAUGUCCAUGCAGAAGCUUUGGCAGAGGAGAAUUCAGACAUUUGUAAAUUUUAUAAGAAAGGUUCAUGUCACUUUGGUGACAGAUGUCGAUACAAGCAUUCACUGGAAGAUUCUAGUGUAAAGAAAAACACAGAGGAAAAGGAAGACAAGGCUAAUUUUGAAUUAGAACUUCGUUUUGGUAAAGACAAUAUUUACCCAUAUGAACCACCUAUUAUUGGGUUUUCUGCAUUAGUGCCAGGAUUUCCCAGUCAUGUUUGUUUGAAUAUAACAGACAAUAUGCUGAAGGAAGCCAGAGAGCUUGCUUCUAAUCAGUCACCUGCAUCAUUUUCUCUCAUAGCUUUGCUUGAAGAUGACCUCAUGGCUGCUCAAUGGAUUGAAAAACAUCCUUUACCAUUUAGUCUUCCGGAAUCAGAAUCUUCUAUAAUUUCUAGUUCAAGGUCUUCCAAGAGACAAGGAGAUGGGAAUUUUCAACAGUGUGCAAAGUAUCAUGUUGCAGAAUCCAUGAAUGACAAAUACACUGAAAUUACUGAUGAGAAAGAGGCUGAAGUUUUGAUGAAAAUGGUGGAAGCAGAAGAAAACAUUAAACAGAGAAAGGAAGAUGGUAAAAGUGAAGCAGAUGAAGUGGAGGAUAAACCUGUAUCAGUCAAAAGGACAAAUUUCAGAGAGUCGGAUCAAGGAAACAAAGUAUCUCAAGGAGAAAUUCUUAGGCAAAACAGGAGACUGAAGGAUGAAUAUCACAGAAAACUGGGUUCAAAAUCUUUGAGUUCAAUGGUUUCUCAAAGAAAGCGCCUGCCAGCUUGGAAUAAACAAGACGAUAUUCUGGAAUCCCUGAAAAAACACCAAGUUUUGGUCAUUAGUGGAAUGACUGGCUGUGGAAAGACAACCCAAGUGCCACAGUUUAUCCUGGACUCCUAUUUGAGCACUAAGGAUCUGAAGAUUUGUAAUAUUAUGUGUACACAGCCUCGGAGGAUCUCUGCCAUGGCCGUGGCUGAGAGGGUGGCAGAGGAGAGAACUGACAAACUGGGUAGAAUUGUGGGAUAUCAGAUCAGACUGGAAAAAGUCCAGUCAUCAUUGACACGACUGCUGUUUUGCACAACUGGGAUUGUGCUUAGAAGGCUAGAGGGGGAUCCAGAUCUUCAUGGGGUGUCACACAUAAUCAUUGACGAAGUUCAUGAAAGAUCAGAGGAAAGUGACUUUCUGAUGAUGUACUUGAGAGACAUGCUUCCUAACAGACCAGACCUUAAGGUCAUUCUGAUGAGUGCUACACUAAAUGCAGAGUUGUUCUCGGAGUACUUCAAUGGCUGCCCCGUUAUAGAUAUCCCUGGUAAAACCUUUCCUGUGCAGUCCUUCUUUCUGGAGGAUGCUGUAGAGUUCACACGUUUUGUGAUUGAGGAGAAAUCGUCAUUUGCCCGUCCCCUAAAGCAGAUGAAUGCUGUCAGGCAGGGACAGUCAUGGCAGAUGUUUGAGGAGGACUACAACACAGACCCAGCUAAACCCCCGGGGGAGAGGGUUAAAGAUGAGAACCUCACUGUCAAACAGCUUAUGUACAGAUAUGCAGGUUACAAGAAGUCAACAUGUAAAGCUCUAUCAGUAAUGGAUCUAGACAAGAUUAAUUUUGACAUAAUUGUCGCACUUCUGGAAUGGAUUGUUGAUGGGGAUCAUCAGUACUCAAAAGGAGCCGUUUUAGUGUUCCUGCCUGGGUUUGCAGAGAUACAGCAGUUGUAUGAGGCACUGGUGUCUCACAGAGUGUUUGGAGCCAGAAGUGGUGGCAGGUUUAAAAUAAUUCCCCUGCACUCAACACUCUCAAGUGAGGACCAGCACGCUGUGUUUUUGAAACCACCAGAAGGAGUCACAAAAAUUGUCAUAGCAACCAACAUAGCAGAAACUUCCAUCACAAUAGAUGAUAUCACCUUUGUUAUUGAUGCUGGGAAGAUGAAAGAGAAAAGAUAUGACUCCAGUAAAGGUAUGGAGAGUCUGGACACAGUGUGGGUGUCCAAAGCCAAUGCGCUCCAGAGGAGGGGUAGGGCAGGGAGAGUCACUUCAGGGGUGUGCUUUCACCUCUUCACCAGACACCGCUUUGACUACCACUUGCAGGAACAGCCAGUGCCAGAAAUCCAGAGAGCACCAUUGGAACAGAUCUCCUUAAGAAUUAAGAUGCUUGACAUUUUUAAGAAAGUAAAUGUACAGGGUGUAUUGGAACAGCUACCAGAACCCCCCGCUGAAGAAUCCAUUUCAGCAGCCCUCAGACGAUUGCAGGAUCUUGGUGCUCUAGAUGAAAAUGAUGAGUUAACUCCCUUGGGUUAUCAUCUUGGAUCAUUGCCAGUUGAUGUUAGAAUUGGAAAACUGAUGUUGUUUGGAGCAAUAUUCAGGUGUCUUGACCCAGCACUAACCAUUGCUGCUACCCUUAGUUACAAGUCACCAUUUGUAUCUCCAUUUGACAAGAGAGAUGAAGCAGACAAGAAAAAAUUGGAAUUUGCUGUGGGAAAUUCAGAUCAUCUCACUAUGCUCAAUGCGUACAAGGGAUGGAUAGAGUCCAGAAUGAAAUCUCAUAAUGAGGGUUACAGAUUUUGCCAUGAAAACUUUCUGUCAUACAAAUCACUUCAGAUGUUGGCCAGCAUGAAGCAGCAAUUUGUAGAGCUUCUGUCAGACAUUGGGUUUGUGAAGGAGGGGGUUGUGGUCAGAGAUGUAGAGAGAGCAGCGAGAGGCGGAUCCGAUGGGGUGGUGGAUGUCACAGGAAUAGAGGCAAAUAUAAAUUCAACAAAUUGGAAGCUAGUUUCUGCCAUUUUGGUUGGAGCAUUGUACCCAAAUGUUGUUCAGGUGAUGAAACCAUCAACUAAAUUUAGCCAGGGUAGCACAGGUGCAGUUUACAAGGCUCCAAAACCUGAUGAACUGAAGUUUAGAACCAAAACAGAUGGCUUUGUCCACAUUCAUCCGUCCUCCGUGAACUUCCAAGUUAACCAUUACGAGAGUCCAUAUCUUGUAUACCAUGAAAAAGUGAAAACCACAAAGGUAUACAUCCGUGACUGUACCAUGGUCAGUAUGUAUCCCCUGCUGCUGUUUGGAGGGGGGAGCAUUUCAGUGGAUCUAGAGAAAGGAAACUUCAUCCUCUCCAUAGAUGAUGGUUGGAUACGAUUCCUAGCAGAUUCACCCAAGGUUGCAGAGUUGGUGCGCGAGCUAAGGUUGGAACUAGAUCAACUUUUGACUGAUAAAAUCCAGAACCCACAUAUGGAUCUGUGUACCUGUCCAAAAGGAAGCAAAAUUAUCGACACCAUAGUUAAACUGUUCAGCACUCAGUAAAGCUACAGCGAGUUAACGUAUAGUUCUAGUAAUGUUGACGACAGAGUGCAAUCGAGUACUGGGACAUUUUAACAUCUAUGCAGUUUAUUUUUUUAUUUGAUAGUAGUAUGGAGAUCAUCUCAGAGGGAGAGGUGCUGCAUUCAGAAUCAGGACUGUACAUUUGUAUCUCUACUUAACCCAACAAUUCAAAGUACUGUAUAAUGGGUAUUUUCUGCUGGUGGAAAUUUUUGUGAUUUGUUCCCAAAGAGGUAGCAAAUUAUAUUCUGUGUUUCCAAAUUUUUACUGUUGCAUUAUACCUAUAUACAGGUAAAUACUUGUAUUUACAUGUAUCUUUUUUAUACAUUUCACAAUUGUAAUGUCUGCAGAUUUUUACUAACUGCAGAAAAUACCCAUAUAUACAGUAUCCUGUUUGGUGCCAAAUUUUAUAACUACAUGUACUUGGGAUAUCAGAAUUAGAAGUGGAUAUAAUAUACAUAUAUAUCUACAUGUACAUUGUAUCUCUUAUGUUCACACUAAUGAUGUAUAAUUGUACAUAGCAAGACUUGAUAAAAAAAAAACUUGUUCAGUAUCUUUUAAUAUAUUUAUUUCAUUUCUCCCAUGAGACAUCGUGCAAUAAAUUGUGAUCAACAACUC